GCUAUUUUUUGCGCUGCUGUGUUGUGUGUUGUUUGUGUUUUGGCUGUGAGCAAGAAGCGAGGACCACUGUGCACACCACCCACGAGUUGUGUGUGUGUUGAGAUGUCAUCGACUGGGCUGAAGAUGGGUGGGCUGGAGGAGUGGACGACGGAGCAAGUCGUGGAGUUUGUCAAGUCCAUCAAGGAUCCCCUCACGCCAGCAGACACCACGCGCGUCGUCGAAAAGGUGGAAGCAGAUGGCGUCACGGGAAAGCAGUUGGUGCGAUGCAUGAACGUGACGCAGUGCCAGGACAUUCUCGGGCUGCCGAUUGUCAAGGCUGGCGCGGUAUCUCGACGCGUGCGCAAGCAUCUCCCUCCAGCAAAGGCCCCAAGGAAGCAAGCCCAAGGAGAGGAGACAGUGCCCACAUUCGAGCGGAAAGAAGUGUCUGAAGAGCCGAGCCACCGCUUUGAGCCGGACAAGGCAGAGCCAGCCGAUCUUGACGCAGCAAGCCUGCGGAACGUCAAGUUUGUGCAUUGGAGUGCUGGUGGACUCGGCAGCACAGGCGUCUUCUUUGCCGACGUUGGCACAGGAUGGGUCGUUGCGAAACCGACGGGCACGGAGACGGCGGGCGAGAUCUUCGCCACGCUCCUGGCAAAGCAACUCGGCAUCCGCUGCCCCAACAUUCGCACACUCGCAUGCGCUGACCAAGAGGAUGUUCUGCGCGCGAUGCGAUUUGCAAACGGAAAACAGGAGCACACCCAACGCCUCCGCAACCACCGCAUCCAGGGCCUGGUGUUUAUGGAGCUGGUGAAGGGCUACCCGCUGCCCGCAUGCGCAAUGAAGGUUCUCGCAGAAAGCUCAGGCCCGAAUUUGCUGCGGCACGAGUGGGGGAGUGGUGGUCCUUUCAUUUGGACAAACUUUGGAAACAUGGAAAAUAUCAUGGUGCAAGGGCGCGUGAAGGAGGAUGACGGCCAGCUGAGCAUUGCUUGCAUCGACCAAGGCACAACGUGCAUCACAAACGAGAAAGGGCGUGCAUCAUAUAUGGAGCGUGUGCGUGACGGCGCCCACGCCGCGUGUGUUGAGCGAAACGUCGACUCGAAGCCCUUCAAGCGCCUUCGUGAUGCAAUCCUCAACGGGACGGGCCAUGACGUUGGGUCGGAGGGCUGCCAGCUGCUGAUGGAGGGAAUACAGAGCGGAUGUGCCAAGCUGCACGCGAUGUUGCAGAGCAAACCGUCCAUCCUCGAAGACCUGCUCAUGCAGACUGGACACGCCGUCAGCGACUUUGGCGAGCUGGCGAGUGGGAUUGAGCGGUUGGAGCUUGCGUUUGUCCAGGAGACGGCCAGCAUCAUUUGCAGCGUGUACGAGGCAAGCGGCCUCACCCAGUGAUGCGACACGACAAAACCGCACGUGCAAAGAGAGGGAAGAGAAGAGAUAGUAUGUGUGAUGUGAUGUUGUGAUGUGAUGUGGCACCAUGCCUGUUGUUUGCUCGUUUUGGCUGUGAUGUUUGUUGUUCUUGCUGUGAUGCUGAUAUAAACGGUGUGAUAGACGUGA